AUGUCCAUGAACACUGAUACUGAUAAUAAUAUUAAUAAAUUAAAUAAAUCAAAUAAAACAAUCACACGUCAAAGAGAAUGUGUUUUCAUAGAUUCAAGUGAUCCUAAUAGUCCAAAUCAAGUUAUCAAUGGUACACCAACUCCAUUUUUCAGACCUGAAUUUCCUCCAAAGACCAAACUUCAGGAUUUAAUAACAAUAAACGAUCGUAGAAAUAAUAACAGCAAUAAACAUGAUAGUGAUGGUAAUAGCAUUUGUAAAGCUCCAUACAGAGCUCCUAAUGCUUUUAUCAUUUAUAGAAAGGCUUGUGUAGAAACUAUUCGUUCUAAAGGCUGUUUGUUUCCAAUGACCGUCAUCUCUUCAAUAUCGUCACAGGCCUGGAAAGAAGAACCGGAAAUUGUUAAGGAUGAGUAUAAGCGUUUGGCCGAUGAAGCAGGCGCUUAUUACAAACAAAAUUAUCCAAAAGCUUCUAAACACAAAAAACGCGAAAAAUGGAAUAUUGUAUCAUUUGAUGAUAAUAAACCUAAUUCCAUCGAAUCAAACUCUACGAAUGAUAUGGCUACCAUCAACACCAUAACAUUCGAAUCAUCGUUGUCAUCGUCUGGCAGAGAAAAUGUUACGGAUGUGGAGAUUUAUCCAAGUCCUGAUUUAUCUUCGACUGAUUACGAUUUUACGAAAGAUUUAAAUUCUUCUCCAAAAGUGCUGGAUAUUAUGCUUUCAAAUGAUGCCACAUUUGAUGCAUUGGGAUUAUUAUUAUAA